AUAUGACAAGCCUCUAGCCUCGUUUUAAAUUUACAACAACACUGCAUUAUGUAUAUGAGUUAUCACUUUAUGGGUUGAGUUUUUUUCUCAAAUUGCUUCCUUCUGGUGUUCAAUACUUUUUAUGUCUCGAAAAUGGAAAACCAUCGAGAAGAUACUGUUGCGCUUCCCCCGCGCUCUCGCUCUGUUGAAGAGAGAUCUAGUCCAGGGAACAACUUAGAAUCUCACCAGUGUUCCUCUGUUCCCGCCUAUCUUCCCAACACGGAGCAGUGCGAACAAAGAGAAACCACAGAAUCAUGUCAACAGGCUCAGUCGUUACCCAUACCAGCCCUCAUCUCGGAGAGACAGGGCUCCCAAGACAGUAUCACCCAAAGGGUCCCUACAACCGCUGUACAACAAGCAGAGGGAUUUCAACAACGUCCACAAAUCCCACCAUUAAUACCAACAGAAUCCCUACUCCGGAAUGAAAAUCAAACACCUAUGGCCGAAUCUAGUACUACCCCACCCUCGAAUCAAGAUGAUGAAAGUUCCGCCGGUGCCAUUGAUAUAACGGAUAAGGGGGAAACUCACAAGGCGAGUUCUAAUCCUAUGCCUUCUGGUGCGAACAACUUGGCAGUCCACAACGUGUCUAUACCCAUGCCCAAUACUGUCGGAAACAUCAUUGCCACCACCAGGGAAAGUGGAAACCUAGAGGACUAUUCCAACCGCUCAAUUAAAAGCGAACCUGGAAUAGUAACGGAGCCAACGUGUUCCAUGUGGGGAGCAUCCACCGCAUACCAUGUGACCAGCAUAGAUUCCACAGAACUGGCCAAUAUGCAGCAAUAUCUUCAAUACCCCGCGUAUGGCACCAGAUUCGACCAACCUAACCAACAGACCUAUGAGACGAACGCCAGGUGUUCAAGUCAAGAAGGUGUUGCAACUAGCAAUACAGAAGAUCCGAUGUUACCCCGAGAAGUUGGAGCUGACAUGGAUGAUAUCAAUAACCCAUUCUACACAGUUCCAAAUUACCCAAACAUGUUUAUUAACCAACAAUCUGCUUAUUCGUCUGUGCCGUACGGGGACACAACUCAGAAACAAGCUCAGGGCGCACAAUCUUUACCUCCAUACUAUGAAAGUGUUAAAAAAGUUUGUGAGACAAAAUGUAUCGAAGAGACAAAUGUUGCGUCUGGUCGACCCAAAUUGGAACAUGACACGGACGGAGUUACCAUGCAAACCAAGAAAGUCAUUGUUCCCGCAGAUCCCCAGACCUGGUCGGAGGGGGACGUACAACAGUGGCUGGAGUGGUCCCGCAAUGAAUUCAAACUCAGGGACAUGGAAGUGACCCGGUACCACAACAUAGAGGGCCGACAACUCUGCAGCAUGAACAAGGAACAGUUCACUCACCUGUUUGGUCCCCACAACGCAGAAAGCUUGUUCUCGCACCUUAACUUUCUGAGACAUGGUACAGCACAAGUCACUUCCCCUAACUGUAUUGGACCCAGUGUGACAUCGUAUGUCCAUGGAUCGGGGGGAUCCAUGAAACAGAAUACAGACCCAGGAUUUACGAAAUCAGCCUGGUCACCACAACCUAGUCAAUCUUCACAAGAUCCCUAUACCUUACUGGGGCCAUUAGUUGGGAGACUAUCCAGCACAGGAAGUGGACAGAUUCAGCUAUGGCAGUUUCUCCUGGAACUACUAUCAGACAGACGUAAUGGCACUUGCAUAGCAUGGGAGGGUAGUAACGGCGAAUUCAAGCUGGUUGACCCCGAUGAAGUGGCUCGCCGAUGGGGGGAGCGGAAAUCCAAGCCCAAUAUGAACUAUGACAAGCUCAGUAGAGCUCUGAGGUACUACUACGACAAGAAUAUCAUGACAAAGGUCCAUGGCAAACGGUACGCUUACAAGUUUGAUUUCGUUGGCCUCACACAAGCUAUGACACCUUCCACACCGGAUACAACAGCCUACAGAUAUCAGCAGGACAUGUUUGGGAUGUCGGGAUACUCCACCCCCAGACUGAAUUAUCUCCACCCCCAUGCUCCUAUGCCAACGACAACGGCGGGGUUCCUUACCCCUCCCGCUCCAUACUGGACGACAUCAACUAACAAUAUUUUCCCAAACACGCUGAAUCACGUGAUGUCAGGACAUCCGGGCUCCUUGCCUUCAUUUUACUCAUGAUCUAUGAUACACUUGCAACAUGAAUUUGACUGUUUGCCAUUUGAUUUUUUUUUAAAUAACAACAUAGGCUACUUUGUUGUUAUUUCUCAUGAUUGCUCAUAAUGUGCUAUUUGAUUUUACAUGUAUUUUUUGUUUGUUUUUUCUCCUUGCAUCUUGUCAGCCAAUUGAUUUUGUCUUAAGUCUUUGGGAAUAUAGUUUUUGCUUGCCAACAUUUUGAUGUUCAGAAUUCGCAAUUUAUACCAAACACUUUUGAAUUUCUUUUAUAUUUUGAAAGGUCUCAUCAUUUUAGUCUUUGGUUUUUUUUUUUUUUUUGGUCUUGUUCAAUACUCAGAAGGAAUACUCAGUCAGCAUUUAGAUAUCAAGUUCGCAGGAGCACUCUAGUCUUAUGCAAUUACCCGAAGGCCUGGAUGACUACAUUGGGUCUUUUUGGAAUGUACUACUGCAAUAAAGUAUUUCAUUGAUGUUUUGCGAUUAUGUACAGUGUAUAUAGGUGCAAUAAGCAUUCUCAAGCAUCUUAGAAGUACCUUCCGUUGGGGGUGAUGUAUAAAUACGAAAAGUUUAACGGAAUAGCAGGUAGUUUCGUUUCUUGAAUCACAUGUGAUCUCAUAUCAUGUAUUGUUAUGACUUUAAAACGAAAUUUUUGAUGAACAUGUUUGUUGUUAUCUACAGCAUCACGUACUCCGUUACAAAUAAAUGUUGGAUAUUA